GGUUAACCGGCUGAACAUCAGACGGAAUGUCACUCUUGAAUUAAACAGAUCGGUUCAUAUUAAUUGAAAAUGUACAAACAUUGAUUUGAGAGCCAUAAACUGAAGCAAUUCUUGUGUCGUGGCUUGAUAAUUUAACAUGUCGUCUACCUCUUUGAAGCGAAUGUCGAUGCCGGCCGUUGUAACUGCCGCUUCUUCUGAAGAGCUCUCCGGGGAACAAUCUAUUUGGAAACGAGUUCAGGGCCAGUUUUCCAGUAAGAACAAGCAACUCAGCAACCGGAAAAUAUGUGCUGCUCUAUUUUUCCGAGUGGUAUUCCCACUCGUGUUGACCUUACCCUUUUUCACCCGAAUCGACCUCUUCUCCUCUUUUUUCAUAUUUUUCUUCUUCGCACAUCCCUUUAUUCCGUCACCCGGCUGCCCAAUUUUCCCAACAAGUACAAAAUUAUAUCUCAUUUUACUGGGUUUAGUCUCUUUUUUUACUUUCUCCGCUCAAAUUGUCAAUUUGGUGCUUCUUUACUAUUGGCCAUACUUGCGUGACUUAACAUGCACUGACGAUACUGAAAGACUUCUGCGUCAAAUUGGACUUGGAAAUAUUUAUCACGCUAAAGCACGUCACUAUGUUAUUAUUUUGGUUCCCGACUUGAUUAUUUUUUUGGCCGUUUUGACCGCUUUCAUGUUUCAAAAAAUAUGCCGAGCCAAGCCUUCGAGAACUUUCAUAAAUGCGAAUGAAGGCAUAAAACGGGCAAUUCUGGAGUCCAGGCAAAGUGAUGAGGAAAAGCGCAGGUUCGAAUUCAGCGAGUACCUCAAACCCCUGACAUAUAUUAUGUCAAUCUCAGCCAUGAUUACAGCCGCGAGUUGUUUUCCGUCACUUGUCUCUCUGAUUUAUUUAAUCUCUUAUUUGACGAUCGGAACCUUACGAGCUAUGCAUGUCCCAUUUCGCAGAUUUGUUCCAAAGAUAAGUUUGCUGUUGACUGUGAUUAGCAGUCUGCAUUUCAUAACAAUGUACGUUUUGCAGUUUGAGUAUAUUUUCGAUUUGGUUGAUGACGAGGACAAUAAAUGGCUUAAUUUAGUCGGAAUUUCCAAAUCGGUGAAGUAUGUAUGCAAAAACGAGACAAUUGAUGACGAAGCUUACGACCCCUUAGUCAUAAUUCACGUCGAGGUUUACAAAGACCAAAUUAUUAAUAUCAUGAACCCGUUUUUUGUCCUAAUGCUGUUUUACACCAUGGCCUAUCAGUGUAAGUUUUAUUACUUAUUCUCGAAAUACAGCGACAGUAAUGAAACUAAGAAUGAAAAUAAAAGAUCAAAAAAACCCAGUCAAAGUGGGGUGUUCAAGCCGGGAUCCUUUUUGCACAAAGUUUUAGUCAAAACUAAUUUUCUGACCUUGAUGGGUUUUAUCACGGGUCAGAUUGUGGCCAACUCCUAUUUAUUAUCAGUUGCGGUUAUGAUUUCGUGGAGUAUUUUAUGUCACGGUUUUUUGGCACUUGUGCUUCUUUUCAUCGCAAUUUACUUGUGGAGCCGAACCAAUUCGAGUUUCAGAACCAAAAACUUUGCGCCCUUUCUCUGUAUCUAUUGUCAGCUCUACAUAAUUGUGCAGUAUAUUUUCAAUUUCCGAAUUAUGGACGACGCGAUACCUGAUGAGUUAAACAUAUUGGGUUUCACCCUCGCGAUGAGUGACAUCCGUUUGAGACAUGACAGGUCAAUGACCUUCUAUAUUGGAGCACAAUGUCUACACUUGAUUGCCUUUUGGCAACUUCUCUACACGUUUUUUGAGAGUCGCUACGGGAAGAAAAACGAGCCGGAGCCUCCCAGAAACGAACGGCGGUUCGGAGCAGUCGAAGUGACGAUCAACCAAAGUUUGGAAGACAACAUCAGAACUGGUCGAAGGAGUACUCUAGCUGCCAUCUCAAUCUCAGUCCAGGCCAGUGAUGUGAAAAAGCGACAACUGAAGGAGACUCUAGCAGCAGUGUGGAUGUGUUUCUGCAUAGUGUCUCUCGUUCUAAUCAGCACCAUAUCCGAGACCAGUUACUAUUACAUCAUAUACAUGGUCUUCUUCCUCGUCUUCUCCGGAUUCACCAUUUUCAAACUCAUCAUCCAAAAGAAAAUUCCAGACUUCGAGGGCUUCUUGCGUCUUCUUCUCUUUUACUCAAUGGUGGUUUUUCUAGCUUUCUACACUCUCAACUUCGAUUUUGUUCACAGUAAUGGCAACGUCGAAAAAUUCCUUCAUGACAACGGCCUCUCUCCCUCCUUUCAAAACGUAAUUCCGAUCGCAGUUCUGCUUGUUGCGAUUAAAAUCCAGUUCGACUUCUUCAGUGUAGAUUUCCAUAGUUUCAUGCAAGAGUUAGCCGAAGGCAACGCGCGUCCAUCUUCCGUCGAGGAAUUACCCGCGAAAAACGCAAAUGUUAAAUUAGCUGCGAAAAUCCAGCGGUUUUUCAGUGAGUUGGCUGAACUAAUUUGGUUAGCAGCUGCAGUUCACAUGAAUAAAAUCAUUCUAAUAGCGUUGAUGUGUGCUAUUUUACACGAGAGGUCGGCCUUUAACUUCGUUCUACUAAUCGGGUUCUGCUGUCUGUGCCAAUUCAGCAGUCAGUUCCAAAAAAUAACCCAAAACGUGUUGUUCAUUUUAUGUUGCUCUGUGAUAAUCUUGCGCAUGCUUUACGCAACCAGUCUAAAUACGCUAUUCAAUACCGACAACUUUGCAAACUGUUCAUCGUCGGAAAAUGAUGAGGAUCCGAAUGCUAUUUUUCCCUGGACGAAGAGUAUCUAUCGCUGGAUUGGCCUGGAAAUGAAAAACCAGGAUCUUGAUUCGCUUCUUGAUAGUUCGGUUCCUUUAGAUUAUCUGUGGCCCUAUCUGAUUGUAAUUACACUCGCCCUUCUGAACGCAUUAAUUGGGUUCAGAAUGAAUGCAAAGGUUGCCAAAUUAGGCCGGAAGCGAGAAUUCGCGGAAAGUUUGAGUUAUGACGCUUCAGCGGAGAGAUACAAUAAUGACCAACAUACUUUGGAGUAUUGCUUGCAAUACAGAGUUUUGUUUCCGAGAAUCAACAGGAAAAACGCCGACGAGGGUUUUACGAACAUGUUUCUGUAUUUUGUUAACUUCGGAUUUUAUAAGUUUGGAUUGGAAACUGUGAUACUAUUUGUCGUGAUUUUGGCCGGAAAAGUCGGAGAUUUUUUCUCUGUUUUCCACAUUCUGUUCUUGAUUCCUAUGAUUAUCUGCCGGAGAAAUCAAUUGAAGAUGUAUGCCAAAAUAUUUGCUUUAUAUUCAGCGAUGGUAUUAUUGAUUAAAUAUUUGCUACUACUCUGGUUGCCACCAUUUGAAACAUUCUGUGGCUCUUCGUUUUUAGAAUGGAUCCAAGAUGAAUCCCAAAACUCGGAGUCCAUAAAAGGUUUGAAUCGUUUCUUCUUUCUCUAUGACUUCAGUGGGCACUCUUCUUAUGACUUGAGUUUGUCUGAUUUGUAUGCCGAUAUGAUGCUGUUAAUUAUACUCCGCUCUUUUCUGAAGAAUCUCAAGGCAGAAAUAAUCGAUCACACAUUGCGCGAAUCGGCCGGCAAUAACGAGGACUGUCUUGAGGAACCUGACAUGGCACGGUGCCAAUAUGGUCGAGGUGUGACCAACCGGAUUAUUUAUUCCACAACUAAUUUUCUCACUGAGCAAAAACAUCCAAUGAACGUGUUAAAGAAGGUUUUGUUUAUGCAUGGAAUUUGGUUCACGUACUUUUUUGUCUGUUUCUGUGGUUUGCAGACUUAUGACAUUUUAGGAGCGCCUUUUAUUGGAUUUUCUGUGUAUCUUCUUUGGCUAGGCCAAGAUGUGGCUUUGAAAACUCGGCCGAACACUUACAAAUUUGUAAACAGAGUUUUACUUUUUGUUGUUCUGGUCGCUUCUUUUCGGGUAAUGAUGCAAGUCGGAGGCUUUUACUGCACUGAUUUUCCCAGCUUAGCUACUCUCGAAAGUUUUAUUGAGAUACUUGAUAUGAGAGUGUUGUCUAAGUAUGAUCUCUAUAUCACUAGUAGCAAUCUGAAAUGUGACGGGUUGUUUGAUUAUUCCUGUAUUAUCUCCUGGGAAAGUACCUGCAUAAUGAUACUUUUGAUUCAACGACGUAUUUUUAUUAGUCACUAUUAUGAUUUCGUAAUUGAGGAGUCCAUUGUAUUUCGCGAUCUUUCAGAAGCAGGUGGCAAAUUGGUCGAAAAAUUUAACAAGCAAGACAUUGCAGCGGCCAUUGCUUACAGAAACCAGAUUACUCAAGAGCUAGAGAGUCAAAUAUCGGCCAUUCGAAACCGAAAUAAAAACUCUGGAUCUUGGUAUGAACCGAAGAACCAUUUGGACGCGAUCUUUAAUGGAUCCAGAUUUUUCAGCGAUUCGACCGAUCCGCAUGAUUCUUCCAAUGAGACAAGACGCAAAAGCUUUAAAAGACCAUCCUCAGGGCCAUCUUACAGUUACAACAGCUCUUCUGAAACAGGUAACCAAUGGAUCCCGUACAUAGAGAAAAUCAAGGAAAAGACUCUUGAUAGAUGUUUUCCACGUGAACCAGUCAUGAACACAAGCUCGAUAAUUGAAGAAAAAAUUGGAAACCAAGCCACUGAAGUUGAGGAUUCUAAGAAUGACGAUAUUGAAGUUGUUUCACAUUUUAAAUCCCAAGAGAAUGAUGCAGAUCCACUUGCACAGCAUGAUGCUCCAAGUACCAGUAGUGCACAUGAGGAAACCUUAGAAGAAAUUGUGGAAACGGGAUCUUUUGCAAACGAUGAUGAUAUCUCAAUUCAAACAAGUCAAACUCAACUGACUGAAAAUUCAGAAGUAGAAAGUUUGGAAACUGGUCCACCAACCGGGAUGAAAAAGAUUAUGCUUCUGACAACUUAUGCCGUCUUCAGAGUGUUAGCCGAAAUUGGUUAUAUUUUCGAUCAGGGUUCUAUUGCUUUCCAUCGGAUUUUGUUAAGUCUUGAACAACAACGGUCGAAGCGUAAAGGAUUUCUAGAAACUUUGACAAUGGACAAGUUGGAAAAUGACCUAGAAGACCGCGUGACUUCAAAUAAUUAUGUUUGUGUUGAUAUGACUGGGGACACUUUGGAUGAUUUUUCUAGGAAGCCCUCACGCUUUCAGCAGCAUUUGGAUUCAGAGCAAGCGUUCAAUAUUUAUGUGCUUUUUAUUAGAGAUUUCUGGUUAUCUUUCUAUCAGUUUCUGAUUUCGCAAACUGAUCAUUUUUGCUACUUCUUAAUAGGCAUUGUAGUGGUGUUGAAUGGCUCAAUUAUGGACAUGUCUCUGUCUAUAAUUACUAUAACUUGGGGUCUCUUAUCCAAACCCAGACCAACGAAGAGAUUCUGGAAAGUGAUCAUUUUCUACACUACGGUGAUUAUUUUUGUACAAUGGUUCUUCCAGACUAAUAUUUUCGAAUUCAACCGGGAUGAUGGAGUUUCAGCUCCGGUCUGGAUGGAAACCCUAAUUGGGAAUCUGGAUACAACCGACUCCUAUGUGUACGUGUUGCUGCUUCUAGUUGCUCUCUGUUUCCAUAGAAACAUCCUACUGAGCUAUGGCCUGUGGUCGUCUUAUUCAAGUAACAGAAGUGAACAAGAAAGCUACAAUCGAGAAUUUCUGGCUGAGUCAUUUGAUAAAAGAACCCGAGGAACAAGUGAGCAGUCACUUAACUAUGACUCAUCAGUCGAUAAACAAAAGGAGCGAAAAAUGUCGGUCCAUGAAAGUUCCGUUGACAUGGCUACAGGAUUAAGAUGCACAGAUAGCACUACAAAUCUUGUCAAAAAAUCAUCAUACUGGGUUGAUUUUAAAUAUUGGGCUUUGGAUGUGAAAAACGAAUGCAAAUAUUUCACAAGGCAAAUUUUGGACUGUAACAAAACUGCAAUUCGAGACGUGUAUGUACCCAUGUUUAUUUUUGACCUUCUAGGGUACGUGAUAGUGACAUUGGGUUAUUCUGGGUUCUCGGAAUCUGGACAGGGCUCAUCAAUAAUCGAAAGUCUGUUAAAUAAUUCGGUUCCUUUUUAUUUUCUCAUUAUCAUAUUGAUACUUUUCGCCUUCACAAUGAUUGACAGACUGGCUUAUUUGACUAAAAACGUGCUGACUAAACUUGUGGGCUUCAUAGCUCAGGUUAUUUUAGUUCACGUGUGGCUUAUUUUGCUGAAUCCGCUCAUCAACGAAUCCACUUUCCAUUCAAACUCGAGUGCUUUGUUGUUCUACUUAGUACGGUGGAUUUACUGGGUAAUUUCAGCCUAUCAAAUAAAAUGUAGCUUCCCUGUACGUGUUUUGGGCAAUUGUUUCUCGAAAAGGUACAACAAAGUGUGCAAACUAUUGAUGCUUGUGUUCUUUAAUGCCCCUUUUCUGUUUGAAUUGCGAGUUAUUAUGGAUUGGGUGUUCACGCCGACCACGCUGAAAUUCAAGAGGUGGUUAGAAGUCGAAGACGCAUUCGUGAAAACUUUCUUGAUCAAAUGCGAACGAGCGGAUGAAAUAAGUGAUUUCCGAAAACGCGGCGAAGUCCAAAAAGCUUUCCCAUCUAAAACAGUCUAUCUGGUUAUUUUUAUGGCUCUCGUUCUUGUAAUUUGGGCGCCAAUUUUGCUGUUCUCAUUCGUAAACGAAACAAAAAUUUCGACAGAUAUCCGAUAUGCUGCUAUUGAUUUGCAACUAGGCAGCUUCGAACCAAUUUUCAAGUCCAGUUUCACGACAGCUCACAACGGUAACUUCGCUAAUGCGAGUUAUUUGGCAGCUGCGAAUGGAUAUGUUACAAGUUCUCUUUCGAGUGAUACUCAGACUGCAAAGGUGAUCGUUUUCAACCCCAGUGCACAGACAAUUUGGUCUAUCACACCGCCUGCAAGAAAAUCUCUGUACUCUGACCUAUUGACAUGCGACCGGUUCGAGUUGACAAUCGGAAUUGAUAUAACACGUCGAUCUGAAUCUUCAGAUGCAACUAUAACACAACCGCAAGCGUCAACACAGGUUAGAACUGAGUUAGAUAUCAAAACAUGCCGCGCGCUAGCGUGCAUGAUAAAACUGAACAACUCAAAUUACAACGAAAAUGAUGCAUUUUGCGAUUCUUCGAAUCCCGUUGAGCAAGUUGAAUUAAAGAACGUUUUGCCAGUUUUCUACGAUGUUGACAAUGAUGGAAACAUGAACCAGUUGUCGCUUCUCAGCUCCUAUAACGCAAGCUUGUCCUACCUCUCUAUCAACAUAUCAUUGCAGAAUGACAACGAAACUAGUUCCAUGCAAUGGUGGAAUGUAGAUGUAGCACAUGCUACAUUACGACAGCUGCUAAUCGUGACCUUCGACGAUAAAGUAGUCCCACAAGUUUUCAAUUCUCUGGCCAGUUACGGAAUCGUGGGACUGUACAUCACGUUUGUAAUUGUGGCGGCCAGCAAAAUUAAAGCGGCAUUCAGUAACUAUUCCGAAGCGAUCAUGUUCCAGGAACUUCCGAAUGUCGAUAUUAUCCAGAAACUGGUCCUGGAGAUGUACAUGUGUAGGGAAAUGAAGCAUUUCGAAUUGGAAGAAGAUUUGUACUCCCAGCUACAAUACCUCUAUAGAUCUCCAGCAAGUAUGAUAGAUAGCACAAAGUUCAAACCGGAGUGAGAAUCAAAGAUAUUUAUUAUUUUCCUAUUUGUUAUUUAGUCUUAA